AUGAUGCCCUAUCCUAAUCUACCCAUGGAAUGGCUGUUCAACUACUGGGAGAUCACUCCAGAGACUCUAGUUGCCAUGGCGCUCGAUCCAGACGCACCUCACAACCGUGAUUGGAACGGUCGCACAUUUAUCAAUACUGGCUUUAUUAUCGCGCAGCAAAGUCCUCGUACCCACGAACUCUUUGAGGCGUGGGAGAAUUGUCCCAACGAAACGCGCUAUCCAGGCUGCGGGAGGUGGGGUGGGGAAUGGCCACAUGAGCAAUCUGCAUUUGGGAGCCAUGUUAGGUAUGACUUUAACAGAUCGGAAGACAUUCGGGUCUUGUCUUGUGCAGAGGCAAAUGGGUGCCCUGAGGUUGCAGCUACUGGAUGUGCUGGGGAGUUGGUGAGGCACUAUUGGGGUGACAAGAGCUCGCUUCCGGCCGGUGCGGGUGAUGCAGUCUUGCAGUAUUUCAUGCCGCAGUUGCAUGGGGCAUUUUAUCACAAUUCUCGGACUGUGGUAGUGAACAGGACUGAGCGUGUAUUUGCAUGA